GCCCCCUCACAUCUUCUCUCCGCUUCUGAUGUUCAGAACAGCUGCAUCUUUGGUGACGAGAGCAUCCCUUCGUGCGCCUGGGGCGCUCUAUGCUCCGCGGGCCUUGCACACGUCCUCGAUAGUCAGGCAAGAACCUGCGCCCAUCCCAAACCACAGCCUCUCCCCUACCGAACCCAUCACAACCCUCGCACAACGUGGAUCCAACCAACUCAGUCUCGAGACUCCGCAAAACAAAGCAGAGUAUGUACUUUCUACGCUUGACAAAGUCGCAAACUGGGCAAGACAGGGCUCUAUGUGGCCCAUGACUUUCGGUCUUGCGUGUUGCGCUGUUGAAAUGAUGCACAUGGCUGCCGCCCGUUACGACCAAGAUCGGCUCGGUGUCGUAUUCAGAGCUAGUCCGAGGCAGAGCGACAUCAUGAUCGUCGCAGGCACGCUGACGAACAAGAUGGCUCCUGCGUUGCGCAAGGUCUACGAUCAAAUGCCAGAGCCCAGAUGGGUCAUCUCGAUGGGCUCCUGUGCCAAUGGGGGAGGUUACUACCACUAUUCGUAUUCGGUCGUUCGCGGCUGUGACCGUAUCGUUCCUGUCGAUAUCUAUGUCCCGGGUUGCCCGCCCACGGCUGAGGCUCUACUCUAUGGAAUGUUGCAACUGCAGCGUAAGAUGCGGAGAAGCCGAAAGACCGUUCUUUGGUAUCGCAAGUAGGAGCAUCCGCCGCCUGGAAGCAUCCCUGUAGUCAAAGUAAUACGUCGAGAAGCUCUUAGAUAGGCUGUAGGACGGGCAAUAUACGCUUCGUUCCUCAAAAAUGGAUGACCAAAUCAAAUUCAGUUCGCAUUUGGGUAGAUUUUUUUGCGGUUCAGCGUGCUGGAUAGACAGAC